CAACAAGCCAACACCACAAGAUGACCGACAAGGCGAGCGACAACAGCCCCCUCUUCCACCACCGCCAACUGGCGCCGGCAGCCGCCGUCCGCGUCUCACCCCUCUGCCUGGGGACGAUGACCUUCGGCGGCCGCCAGCAGGGCCGGUACGGCGACUGCACGCGGGAAGACGCAUUCGCCAUGCUUGACCACUUCCACGAGCAAGGCGGAAACUUCCUCGACACGGCCAGCGGGUACCAGGAGGGCGAGUCGGAGGUGCUGGUGGGGGAGUGGAUGGCGGCGCGGCAGAACCGCGACCAGAUCGUGCUGGCCACGAAAUACACGACGGCGUACAUGACGCACCACCGGGACCGCAUCCAGUCCAACUACGGCGGCAACAACGCCAAGUCCAUGAAGGUCAGCGUCGAGGCCUCCCUGCAGAAGCUGCAGACCUCGUACAUCGACCUGCUGUACGUGCACUGGUGGGACUACACCACCUCGAUCCCGGAGCUCAUGCACGCCCUCAACGACCUCGUCGUCGCCGGCAAGGUCAUCUACCUCGGCAUCUCGGACACCCCCGCCUGGGUCGUCACCAAGGCGAACCAGUACGCCCGCGACCACGGGCUCCGCCCCUUCGCCGUCUACCAGGGGAUGUGGAACGCGGCGAUGCGGGACUUCGAGCGCGAUAUCAUCCCCAUGGCGCGGGAGGAGGGGAUGGCCCUGUGCCCCUACGGCGUGCUCAACCAGGGCCGGUUCCAGACGCGCCAGGGGUUCCAGGAGCGGGAAAAGCAUAACCCAGGCCGCAAGUUCAUCCCCACGUCCGAGCACGAUAAGAAGGUCUCGGCCGUGCUGGAGGAUAUCAGCACCGCUAAAGGCGCGGAGAUCGUGAGCGUGGCCUUGGCCUAUGUGAUGCAGAAGGCACCCUAUGUGUUCCCCAUCGUGGGGGGCCGCAAGGUCGACCACCUCAGGGGCAGCGUGGCCGGGUUGAGUGUGGCGCUCAGUGAUGAGGAUAUUCAGAAGAUCGAGAGUGCGUAUCCGUUUGACUUCGGGUUCCCGCACACCUUUUUGAGCGGCUCGAUGUUCGAUAACUCGACGCCGCGGAUGGCGGACAAGCCUGGGGACGUCUGGUUGACCAAGAAUUUGGGCAAGUUUGACUGGGUGGAACCGCCCAAGCCGAUCAGGCCGCUUCAACAAUAG